ACAAUACGACAUCGUUGCCUUUUGAACAGAACAGGACGUCGUUUAACCGUGUCCCCUUCGUAAUAGGACGUCGUCUGUGGUGCGAGCGUCUGUUAUUUAUUGCAGUUUCUCACUACUUUCUGGCUUCAGCUCUUCUCCGUUUGUGUGUAUCAGAAUUCAGAGCGCAAAACUUUUUUAAAAAAAUUAGGUCAAAGGAAAUUCAACAACAAGAUGGCACGAAACGAAGAGAAAGCUCAGUCGAUGCUCAAUCGAUUCAUAACACUAAAAGCCGAAGAAAAAAAGAAACCUAAAGAACGCCGUCCUUACCUAGCCUCCGAAUGCCGCGACCUCGCCGAAGCCGACAGGUGGCGUCAGCAAAUCAUGCGCGAAAUCGGCCGCAAAGUCGCCGAGAUUCAAAACGAAGGUCUCGGCGAACACCGCCUCCGCGACCUAAACGACGAAAUCAACAAGUUAAUCCGCGAGAAAUCGCAUUGGGAACGCCGUAUUGUUGAGCUUGGCGGUCCUAAUUAUGCCAAACAUUCUGCCAAAAUGACGGAUUUGGAAGGAAAUAUUAUUGAUGUGCCUAACCCUAGCGGGCGUGGGCCUGGCUAUAGGUAUUUUGGUGCGGCGAAGAAGUUGCCGGGUGUCAGGGAGUUGUUUGAGAAACCGCCGGAGCUGAGAAAGAGGCGGACGAGGUAUGAUAUUUACAAGAGGAUUGAUGCGAGUUAUUAUGGGUAUAGGGACGAGGAGGAUGGGAUAUUGGAGAAGGUUGAAGGUCCUGCGGAGGAAGAGAUGAGAAUGCGUGCGGUGGAGGAGUGGAAGAGGAUGGAGGCAAUAAGGAAGGAAGCGAGGAAAGGUGCCAAGGAAGUUGUGAGUGUUGGAGUUGGUGUUGGAGCAGAGGUUUUGUUUGAGGAGGAGGAGGAUGUGGUGGAGGAGGAGAGGAGGGAGGAGAGGGAGAGAGAGGAUAUUGAGAGGAAGGAAAAGGAGAGAGAGUUUGUUGUGCAUGUUCCGUUGCCAGACGAUAAGGAGAUUGAGAGGAUGGUUUUGGAGAAGAAGAAAAUGGAGUUGUUGAGCAAGUAUGCUAGUGAUUCAUUGAUGGAGGAGCAGACUGAAGCUAAGGUUAUGCUUAAUAUUCAGCGCUAGAUGGCUGAUGGAAAUCUGGAUUUGAGGUUGUUUGGAGGUGGCUCUUUCAGGGACUGUUGUCCUAGUGGAAUUGUUGUGUCCUUAACCCUGCAAGGGUUCAGUUCAUAGCGAGCAAUUUUCUGUUGGAAGGGUCUAUGCUAGUUAUUAUCAUUCAGUGGAUGGUGGUGGUUGUCUUUGCAUAUGAUGAUGCCGCAUCUUGAGUGGAGAUUUUGGACAGGUCUAUGUCGUCCUUUCCCCCCCUUCUUUUUCAGGAGCUUUUAUCCUCCAUUAGUGUUCUUGUGGUCCUGAAGCUGGUAGAGGAGUAGCUGCUUCUUGGCAAAGCAAGCAUCUGUGUCUGUUAGUCAAAUUUCAGCGUUUGGAAAUCACCCUUCCGUUUUGGUUUAUUUUUAAUAAUAUUUAUGACAGCACGAAAUUGUAACGCAGAGGUGUAGGUUUCUGACCUCAAGAAAACGAUGAGCACUUUAUCAUAAUGUAGGGAAUGAUUUACAA